AGGAAAGAAAACGAAGAAAAAAAACGAAAAAUUAAUAAAUUACAAAUUGUGAACAACAUUUCCCUUUACUCUUUCCAUACAAUUGACUUUUUUUAUCCCUGUUAUCACUGACCAGUCACCAAUCGCUCAAAUUGGUUUAAUCGGAAAGAUAGUGAAGAUGUAAGCAGCAGCAUCGUAAAUAGUUAUUAUGUCUAUGAUAAAUCUCGUUACUGAUCAAUUCAAUCAUUCGUCUCCUCACCACCGCCAUCUCAACCAAAAACAACAUCUUCAUCUUCACCUUCAUCACCAUCACCAUCACCAUCAUCUUCAUAAUAUUUUUUGUUUCCACUGUGUAUUAUGUUAAUUUCGCUGUAUGUGUUCAACCUCGGCAUCACCUUUAUUCAAGAGGAAUUUGUUUUUACAUCUUAAUUAUUUAAAAUCAAUCAUCAACGAAAAGCUUAAAAUCUCUCAAUGAGCCCCAUCAUCAUCCUUCAUCGAGCUCCAUUUAUUCGAAGCACAUCCCUCAAGACUGGAAAAACUCCUCCAAAUACUCCAGAUCGAGGCAAAAAAGCGGUUCGCUUUGCUGACGCAUUAGGUCUUGAAUUUGAAUAUGUUAAAUUAAUAAGUCAAGAUGAGCUUCCAACGGUUCCUCGAUCAGCAUAUCAAGAUUUACAGCUCAAAGAGUCAAUCAGCCAAAAUGGAGGUAAAUCAAUUAAUGUUUCAAGUCAAACCAGUGUUUCAAUCAACAGCCAUUGGGACAAAAACAAUAACAACGAUAACAACAAUAAUAAGAAUCACAUCAACAACAAUAAUAACAUCAAUUCACAGUCACUUAUCAUUAAACCUAAAAGAAAAAUUUCACCUGUUUGGCCAUCAACAUAUAAUCCACAUUUACCCAAUACUUUGGUUCCUGAAUUCCUUCAACCCAUAGCAUCAGCCAAUUUCUGUGAUCGAGUUCGUAGUCAAUUUGUUUGCCUGGAAAAUUGUAUAGUCUCCUCUGGAGCAGGUAACAUCUCAGUGACCUGUGUAAUCCGAGUACUCAAUAUUGCCUUCGAAAAGUCAGUUACCGUUCGUCAUACUCUAACCGAAUGGCAGACCACUAGUGAUUCUCUGGCCUCCUAUUUACCCAACUCGUGUGAUGGCUGGAGUGACAAAUUUUCUGCAACUUUUUCCGUUCGCUCCGUUUCAAGUGGUGGUGCCCUGGUUCCUGGUCAACGCAUUUUAUUUGCCAUUCGUUAUACGGUUAACGGAGACGAAUACUGGGACAAUAAUAUGGGCCUAAAUUAUUCACUUAUUUAUCAAGCAUGAAUUAGUUUUACAGCAAUAUAUUAUAUACAUAUAUAUAUAAUUUGUGUUGGUACAAAGAAGCAGCAAAACACCAAAAAACGAUUUUAAAUUGAUAAAAACAUUUUACAUGUUUUUCUGAUUUCUGGGGAAAACAAUUGUCAUAAUUUACUUAAAAAUCAUGUUUCUCCCUAUAGCUGUCAUUGAAAAACAAAUCUUAAUAAUUUCAUGUCUUUCUCAAAUCAUCCAUCUAUUAUUUAUCAAAUUGUUGAUUGAAUAAAAAAAUAGAAAUUAUUUCCGCA